CCAAAACAAACCUAAGCAUGAACUAGUCUACCCGCUAGUUCACAAUUCAAAGCCCGCCCGCCGGAAAAUGGACCCUUUUCCCGGCAAACCGCAGCUCCUCCGCCUCCUCACCUUCCUCUCCCUCCUCCUCCUCAUCCACGGCGGUAGGCUCAACCUCGACCCUUCAGACCUUCAAGCCCUCAUCACUGUCCAAACCCACCUCAGCUUCCACACCCCAGACAGAGCCAAACCCACCAACCCAUGCAACACUCCCGGCGUCUUCUGCGAGAGAAGACUCUCCAACAACACCUACGUCCUCAAAAUCACUAGACUCGUCUUCAAGUCCCAACUCCUCUCCGGCUCUCUGUCUCCCGCAAUCGGACAGCUCUCCGAGCUUAAAGAGCUCUCUCUUCCCGACAACAGCCUCGUUGACCGAGUCCCACCCGAAAUCGUUGACUGCAAGAAGCUGGAGAUCCUCAACCUCGGAAACAACCAGUUUUCGGGUGAAGUUCCUUCUCAGCUCUCUUCUCUAAUCAGGCUUCGAAUACUCGACCUUUCCUCCAACAAGUUCUCCGGCAACUUGAGCUUCUUGAAGCAUUUUCCCAACUUGGAAAAUCUCUCCAUUGCCGACAAUCUCUUCUCCGGGAAGAUCCCAGCUUCGGUUCGUUCUUUUCGCAAUCUCAGGUUCUUCAACUUCGCCGGAAAUGAGUUCCUGGAAGGCUCCGCACCUAAGUUGAAAAGGGUCGAGGUUUCAGCUUCUUCCGAGGUUCCAAGGCGUUUCAUUUUUGCUGAAACAUCAAUCUCCACCACCGCAGCAAAAACCAAUAAUAGUAAUUCAAUCGCUCAAGCACCCUCUAACGCUCCAGCUCCAGGUCCAUCUGCAGCACCGAAGAAGAAGAAGAGGAGCAAGAAGAAGAAACUCGGAGGCUGGCUGCUCGGGUUUUUCUCCGGAGCGCUGGCCGGGAGCAUAUCCGGGUUCAUCUUCUCUCUGCUGUUCAAGCUGCUCUUGGCUGUGGUUAGAGGAGGUGGAGGCAAGGACUCUGGUCCGGCCAUUUUCAGUUCUCUGAUUAAGAGAAAAGAGGACUUGGCUUUUCUGGAGAAAGAAGACGGGCUUACUUCGUUGGAGCUCAUCGGAAGUGGAGGAUGUGGACAGGUUUACAAAGCUGAGUUGCCAGGAAGCAACGGGAAGAUAAUCGCUAUUAAGAAGAUUAUUCAACCUCCUAAGGAAGCGGCAGAGCUGACGGACGAAGACAGCAAGCAGAUGAAUAAGAAGAUGCGUCAAAUUCGGGCGGAGAUCAAUACCGUGGGACAAAUUCGACACCGGAAUCUGCUUCCUCUGUUGGCACAUGUGUCCCGGCCGGACUGUCAUCUGCUGGUGUAUGAGUACAUGAAAAAUGGGAGCUUACAAGACAUGUUGACUGAGGUUUCUGAAGGGAGAAGGGAAUUGGAUUGGUUAACAAGGCACAGAAUUGCAAUAGGAAUCGCUUCAGGGCUUGAAUAUCUCCAUGUCCACCAUACACCUCACAUCAUUCACAGGGAUCUGAAGCCGGCAAACGUCCUGCUUGAUGACGAUAUGGAAGCUCGAAUUGCAGAUUUUGGGCUUGCUAAAGCAAUGCCUGACUACCACACGCAUAUGACGUCUUCAAAUGUGGCAGGAACGGUUGGUUUCAUUGCACCGGAGUAUCAUCAGACAUUCAAGUUCACAGAGAAGUGUGAUAUUUACAGCUUCGGGGUGUUGCUCGGGGUACUGAUCAUGGGAAAGCUACCGUCUGAUGUAUUUUUCCAGACCACCAACGAGAUGAGUCUGGUUAAGUGGAUGAAGAAUGUGCUGACGUCGGAGGAUCCUAAGCAGGCAAUCGACUCAAAAUUGAUGGGAAAUGGAUUUGAGGACCAAAUGCUCUUGGUUCUAAAGAUAGCAUGCUUUUGCACAGUGGAUAACCCGAAAGAGAGACCUAGUAGUAAGGAUGUUAGGUGCAUGUUGGAUCAAAUCAAGCAUCAAGUAUAGAUGUACGUAUGAAAUGAAUGGGAAAUCCCACUGGAUGGAUUGUGUCUCAUAUGUAUCAUCCAGGAAGUUGUGUACGUAAUGUUAUAAAUAGCAUGAUGAAUAAGAAAAUAUUGUGUUUGCAAA